AUGGCGGCGCUGCCCCCACAGCUCGGGGGGCCCCACCCCGAUGCCGCCCCGGAGGCACCGCUGGGGCCCAGCGUGAGUGGUGGUGGUCGUGGGGGGUCCUGCGUGCUCGGUACAGCCGCCCCCUCCCCUGCCGCCCCAGAGCCCCCGCCCUGGGGUCAGGCCCCACCCCCACCCCGAUCCGGCCCCACGACGGGGACCUCGUGCUGCUGCUCAGGAGCCUCGGCCCCGGAGCCCCCCCCGAGCCCGUGGCCGCCACCAGUUUCGUGGGCCCUGAACCCCGGGACCUGCUGCCAACCGGUCAGCGAUCAGCUCCUGGCCAUCAACGGGGCCCCCACGGCCGGGAUGAGCCCCGCGCAGGCCCUGGCCCGGAUCCGGGGGGGGGGCAGCCGCCUGCGCCUCCUGCUGCGCCGCCCCCACGGUGAGACCCCCAAAAUCCCCGGGACCCUCCUGACCCAAAUUCACGGGGACGCGGUGGGGACCCCCCUAA